GAGUCCCCUCCCUCCCUCCUCUGAGGAGGUACCGGCUGUUGUGCGGCGCUGCCUUUCUGUUUGAGUGUAUGGGAGAGAGAGUGAGUGAGUGAGUGUGAGCGUGUGUGUGAGAGAGGGUGAGGCGUGAGUGCGAGUGUAAGAGGAGGAGAUCCCGCCGCGGCCGCCCCGCCGCUCCCCGCAGCGGGAGCAGAACGCGCGGCAGGAGCGAGCAGGAGAGCCGGCGCCCCGGGAGCCCGCGGGGACAAGGGCAGAGACGCCGCUCCCCACCCCCAGCUCUCGUCCCUCUGCUCUCCUUCGCCCGGGGGAACCUCCCUGUCCCCCCACCCUCCCGGCCGGCCUCUGCCCCGCCGUCCCCCUGGAUGUCCCCGGGGCUCUCGCGGGGCCUUCUGCUCUUGCCGCAUCAGUCGGGCUGGUGCUGCGGCCGCCGGGUGUAGAGCGGGCGGGUUCCCGGGGGCUGCGGCUGCCGGUGCUUCCCCGGUCCCCACCCCUGUCCCCCGGCCCCCCGACCCAGCUCCCCGGCCCCGGAGGCUGUGACAAUGGACUAUGACUUUAAAGUGAAGCUGAGCAGCGAGCGGGAGCGGGUCGAGGACCUGUUUGAAUACGAGGGCUGCAAAGUUGGCCGAGGCACUUAUGGUCACGUCUACAAAGCCAAGAGGAAAGAUGGGAAAGAUGAUAAAGACUAUGCUUUAAAACAAAUAGAAGGAACUGGGAUCUCUAUGUCGGCAUGUAGAGAAAUAGCAUUACUUCGAGAGCUUAAGCAUCCAAAUGUCAUCUCUCUUCAAAAGGUAUUUCUGUCUCAUGCUGAUAGGAAAGUAUGGCUUCUGUUUGACUACGCUGAACAUGACCUCUGGCAUAUAAUCAAGUUUCACAGAGCUUCUAAAGCAAACAAGAAGCCAGUUCAGUUACCUCGGGGAAUGGUGAAGUCACUAUUAUAUCAGAUCCUAGAUGGGAUUCACUACCUGCAUGCUAACUGGGUGUUGCACAGGGAUUUGAAACCUGCUAAUAUUUUAGUUAUGGGUGAAGGUCCUGAGCGAGGAAGAGUAAAGAUUGCUGAUAUGGGCUUUGCCCGAUUAUUUAAUUCACCUUUGAAGCCUUUAGCAGAUUUGGAUCCAGUAGUCGUAACAUUCUGGUACCGAGCCCCAGAAUUACUUCUUGGAGCGAGACAUUAUACCAAAGCUAUUG